GAAGUGCAAACCCUCGGCGUACUGUGAUGCGCACGCGUAAGUAAACGCAUGCGCCGUACUACUAAUUGCUGGGCUGGGUUUAGUUUUAGCUGUUACCCGUGGUCUCUUGCCAGCUCGCGCAGAGUCUGACGCGGGCUAACUACACUACUAGAUAGCAUGCGAGAGGCGAUACACGCCCUGCGUUGCAUCUUCUGGUGCCUCCGAGGUACGCAGAGCACGCGGAUCGAUCAUGCCGUAGUAAGCCGUUGUGUAUUUGCAUAUUGGCUUUUUCGCGCUCUAGCUUUGCAACGGAGCGUUUUCAGCGAAAACCACACAUAUAUUCUGACCUUCAUUGCCCGUUCAGUAGGUGGUAUCCUUUGUGAGACGAACGAACACUCGAGAAGUGAGAUGACGAGUAACAGACAGACAGACAGACAGACAGACCCAACUACCGUAACCCUCGCUGCGCAUGCGCGCCGAGGGUUAAUAAGGGUGCAACAACACAAAGUAUGCAGUGGACUUUUCAAGGGAGCCAUGCUUGUGGUUUAUGCACGGCAUUUAAUAUCAUCCUUCAUUGGAACUAUGCCAUGCUGUGCUGGUAUCUCUCAUCUACCUGAUCCCCCUCCUCCCCCUGACCCAGUUCUUAUUUGCCCAUCUUUACCACCAAGUGUAACAGUGACGUUAGUUGUAAUAUUAUUUUGUAGACACAAUUCCUACAACCAAGACAAGGGUUUUUCAUUAGACAGCUAUGAAGGUGACUUUAUCGAUGAUGAACCUUGUGGCUCUGAAAGAAAAAAUAGAAGAAAGGAACUGAGCAGGGCAAGGAGACAAACUGUGUUGUCAUCAGACAGUGACGACAGUGUCAGUGGGGUCCGUGGCUCUUCUAAACGGCAGAAACCAGUGCAGUACAUACACUCUGAUGAUGAGAACAGUGAACACAAUCAUCUGCAGAGUGAACCCAGGAGGGAGAGAUGUGAUGAUGAAGAGGAAAUGGCAGGAAUGCAACUGAGGAGAAACCGUGUCAUUAGAAAGCUCCAUGUGUGCGAAAGUGAAGAUGAUGAUAAUGAACUGGCCCCAGAAAACCAGCCGAAGCUCAACAGUUCAAAGAGGGUUCAAAAUCUCAUGGAAAGUGAUGAUGAUGCACAAGUGAAUACUCCAAGACGUGACCCUUCAUCCCGUUCUUCCAAGCUUCAGGAAGUUAAGUCAACCCAAAGAGAAAAGCUGUUGCAGAAAUUGCACCAGGGAAAGGAAAGUGAAACAGAUUCAGAGAGUACUAGCGAGGAUGAUCAAAGGGUUGACCCAAAUGCUGGAGUGGUACUUAGUGGUGAGCAGAUCCUCUUUCCAGAGAGUGACAGUGAAGAAAUGGACUGGAUUGUUAGUGACUCUGAAACCUCCAACAGCAAUACUCAUGAUUAUGAUGUUCAGGAGGCUGACUGUGUUACUGAUGUACCGGUAGAUGAAUGGCAGCUGGCAUUUUCGUCUAUGCAUAUGUUUGAUUCUGAUGUGAAAUUCUCUGUACUUGAGGAUGUGCACAAGUUCAAGGAAGGUCUUUUGGAUUCCAUGACCACUGAUAAUGAUGAUGAUGAUGAUGGCUUCUACCCUCUCAUCUACUCUGCUGCUCUUGCUGAUGAAGAUGCACUACGAGAGCUGCUGCCGGGUUCUAAGAUGGGGCCAGUGCUGAAUGUACUAACCGCCCAUCAUACGUCGCUCCUAAAGAUCAUAGUUGAGGCUCCUCUUAGAAAGGUUCAAAACAAAGGUGGAACUCCAGUUGAUGAUGAUAUUCCAUCUCUUAAGUGCUUGCAAACAUUGGCUGCCCUAAGAGGGGAGAUUUUCAAGGAAGCUUUGAAACAUGAGCUGAAAGGUAGUCCCACAACCUUGUCUUUCGCAGUAUGGAAUCGGAAACCUCAGUGUGCGAGCUACCUGAUUCAACAUGGUGCAGAGGCUGCCAUGCACUCUGUAAGGGGUCCCCCCACACUGCUACACCUGGCUGUAAUGGCAAAUGAUAACGAUGAGGAUCAUGGGAAUGGAAGGAGGGAGUCCUGUGUAGCUCUUCUGUUGGUACUGCUCCCACUGCUGAGUGAUGAAAUAGAGUUUCAGGAUGAUUCAGGUUUCACUCCACUCAUGAAGUCAUGUGUAGCUGGAGAUGUGGGAUGCCUACAGCUGUUACUUGAUUUUGGAGCCAGCAUCGACUGUAGGGAUGAGCAGAAGACAUCACCACUUCAUUUAGCAGCAGCUUCAGGAUGGAUUGAAUGUGUCAACGAGCUUAUAAUGAAUGGCCACCCUGUUGAUUGUGUAGACAAAAAAGGCUGGUCCCCUUUACUUUAUGCUCAUUUCCAGAACCACCAAGACUGUGUGCUAGCUCUGAUGGAAGCGAAAACAGAGCAGCUAUCCAUAGUGGGCAAUUUGCUACAAAAGAACCGUGAUGCUGAGGAAGGAUGGGGACAAACUGUGAAGGUGGUUCGUUCACUGCUUGUGUCACUAGCCCAUCAUGAGGCAUACCAUGCACUUUUCAACAAGUUUGUACGACAAAAUCCCUUGGUUUUUGAAGAAAAGGAGUAUGGAUUUCUAAAGCAUUGCAUGGGCUUAUUGGACUUUGAAAAUAAGCUGAUGUGGAUCAGAGGAAAACUGAAAAUACUGACGGAGUAUGCAGAGGAUGCAGCAGUAGAGGCCCUCUCCUUACUGUCAAUACCACGCUCACCACCAGAAUGCCUUUUGGCACUGGUACAAGACAUGCUCUAUGACCUUCUUCCAUCGUCAUACUGGGCUGGUUCACUUACUGUCACCUUCGCCAACGAGGCUGGCAUAUGUACUGGACCUCGGAAGGAGUUUUGGUCUCUCUAUUGCCAGGAACUUGUGAAUGGAACAGACAAUAUUUUCUCUUCUUCUGACAAUGGCCAGGCAAUGUUUCAACCAGGUGUGAUACUCAUGCAGAGUACCCAGUUUGCAGAACACACUCGUUUGGCGUUAGUUCACCAUGUGGGUAUGAUUCUUGCUCAAGCAGUGUUUCAUGGCGACAACAUACCACUCCAUUUAGUGCAGCCUCUUCUAAAACAGCUGUUAGGAAUUCAGCUGAGCCAUCCUGAAGAUUUAGAGCAGUUUGACGAGGUACUCCAUCAUAAUCUCACAUCUAUCGAUGAUAUCUCUGUAUUGGAUCUAACAUUUGAAGAAAAUGUUCAGUCACCACGAAAUCUUGAGAUGUUUACCUUUCCAUUAUUGGAAGGAGGGUGUAGUAUGUCUGUCACAACAGAAAACAAAGAUGAGUAUAUCAGGCUGGUGUCAGAGUUCAAACUCGAAAAAAGUGUGGCUAAAGAAACAAAGGCUUUUUGUGCUGGAUUUUGGAAGGUGAUUCCUCAAAAAUGUCUUCAAGUUCUCACGACCAAUGAGUUGUCCCUCUUUCUUUCCGGCAUUCCUAUGAUUGAUGUUGAUGAUUGGGAGAAACAAACAGUCUACGCACCAGGAGUUCCUGAGAGCACGAAAGUGUGGUUUUGGAAACUGGUGCAUAGCCUGAGAGAGGAGGAAAAGGCACUCCUACUGAAAUUUUCUACUGGGUCUCCGUGUGUGCCGGUUGGUGGAUUCAAGAACCUACAGGGUUUAGGUGGAUUGUGCAAGUUUCAGAUUAAACAGAUUAAAGGGACUGAUAAGAUUCCUUGUGCUGCAACCUGUUUCAACACCCUGAAACUCAGCAGCUACUCUAGUGAACAGGAAUUAAGAGAUAAGGUUUUGAUAGCAAUAAGAUUCGGCUGUGAGGGAUUUGAAUUUUCAUAGCUCAUUGUGCACUCAUGUAUCAAGUAGAUUUGUAACUGACAAUUAUUUUUAAUCUAUAUCUGUGGAAUAUGCUGAAAAUCCAUAAACAUCUGUUUAAGAUACACCCUGGCUCUUACAAUACACACGUACACACAGAGAGCUACUAGGCCUCCUCUAUAAAUAAGCCGGUGGCCUGCACCUGGCACGCACAGCGGAUUAUAGUCUCGCCUCCCUGUCCCCUUUGGUGAUGUCCAGCCUGCCAAACACAGUGUGUGCAUGUGCACGUUGGGGGUGAAGUUUCCACAUUAAAAAGACACCAUUGUCAUCGUUGUACACAAGUAAACAAAACAAUUCUUCGAAUUAAAAAAAUGUUGGUGAAUAGGGUGGUAUAAAAAGGAGACAAGGAUGGCCUAGUGAAUGUGAUGCAGUAGUUUUCUUGUUGGCGUGGUGGUUGUUGCUCAGUUUCGGCAAGUAGAACCAGAUAAGAUACAGAAAUAAAUAUGUAGCCAUUAUGAGAAAUUCCCGCGUAACCAGACUUGCGUUGUCAUAGUAGCAUAGAGUGUCGUUACACAGAGCAAAGAAUUUAGUGUUGUUGGGUCCAUUUGUCUCCUCUCCUCUAUGCUAAAGAGCCACUCGAGGUCAGCAUUAGAAGGUGGAAGUACCAAUAGUGCUUUGAUUUCUCCACCAACUUUUCGAAUAAGGGGGUUUUAAUGAUGUGCCAAAUCAAGAACAUCUGCUGUAGCUGUUGUAAAAUGACUUCUAGGGUCUAACACUGAGUUUCUAAGUAGCGUCAAAGGAAGCUUUGUAAUGAUCUUGUUCUGCUGUCUCAUAAAAGGACCUAACAGAUUUGAAGAAACGGGUCUCCACUGCAGUACCCACAACUUGACCCUCAAGCUCUGCCAAUGUAGGUCACUGUCAUGAAUUUUAGUGAUGUUGCAGCUUUGUCUAAGGACACUAAUUGUGAAGCCCUGUAUUGUCGCCACUCUUAUUCAUGACCCGAGUUUGUUUAGUGAAUGGUGUAGUGUGAUGACUGGCAAAGGGAUUCUGUAUAGAAAGUGUACCUUUGUAAAACUGGUUAGUUAGUGAACAUUGAAAUCUUAGACAACAACACACAGUCACAAUUCAAAACUGAGGACCUGUCAGAGAGAACAUUAGCUACCUGUCUCACCUGCUUAGGAAAUGAGUCACACCUGCACCUCGCAUAUACGAUGGAGAUCACUCGUGCUUUGCGACAAUAUAGGGCUUGUGUGGAGGAAAUGUUACACAAGCAAGCGAUGUCAGUUGAAGAUGUAACCAUCACUUAUUGUACUACUACACUAUGUCAUCCCUGUCUUCUCUUCUUGCUUUUUAUGGCAUCUCUAUUCACCACUUUUUUAAUUCUUAGAAUUGUAUUUACUUGUACAAUGUUCAGACCUAGUGCAGUAUUCGGAGUGGUGACUGAAUUCGAGCAAAACUCACUUGCCAGGAAGCCUUUUCAGUGCAGCACAAAGCAGCCAAGUGACUAAUACCGCCAUAAAAGCAGCGACAGUGUAAAAGGCUGCCCCGAAUUACAUAUGACAAUGAAACCCUCGGCGCACUGUGACGCGCACGCGUAAGUAAACGCAUGCGCCGUACCACUAAUUGAUGAGCUGUUACUCGUGGUCCUCUAGCCAGCUCGCGCAGAGUCUGACCCAGGCUAACUACACUACUAGAUAGCAUGCGAGAGGCGAUACACGCCUUGCGUUGCAUCUUCUGGUGCCUCCGAGGUACGCAGAGCACGCGGAUCGAUAGGACCGUGGUAACGUCCGUUGUGUAUUUGCAUAUUGGCUUUUUCGCGCUGUAGCUCUGCAACGGAGCAUUUUCAGAGAAAACCCCACAUAUUUUCUGACCUUCGUAGUCCGUUCAGUAGGUGGUAUCCUUUGUGAACACUCGAGAAGUGAGAUGACGAGUACACACAAACCCAACUACCGUA